UGUUUAUAUUUUACUUAAGGAGCUAUGUUUAUUAUUGUGAAAUGAGUUUUUGAAGUUUGUUUUUUUCGUUAUUGGACAUUACAAAAAAAAAAGCAUCAAAAUGAUGUCAAGCUGCAGAUUGGAAAAUUCUGCUGGUCCAAACACUGCAGCUCCCCAACAUGGGAUUAUGAAUUCUAAGGAAAAGGAAAAGUAUAUUGAAGAAUAUGACUUUCCAUAUUGUGAUGAGGCAUCCAAGUAUGUCAAGAUCACCAAAAUUGGACAAGGUACAUUUGGUGAAGUUUUUAAAGCUCAAGAAAAGAAUGGAUCUAAAAAACUUGUGGCAAUGAAAAAAGUUCUCAUGGAAAAUGAAAAGGAAGGGUUUCCAAUCACUGCAUUAAGAGAGAUAAGGAUUUUGCAACUCUUGAAACACGAAAAUGUUGUGAAUCUUAUUGAAAUUUGCAGAACAAAAGCUAAUCAUUACAACAGAUACCGGUCCACAUUUUAUUUAAUAUUUGAUUUCUGUGAUCAUGAUCUAGCUGGACUUCUUUCAAAUGUAAAUGUUAAAUUCAGUUUGGGUGAAAUAAAAAAGGUGGUUCAACAACUACUGAAUGGACUUUACUAUAUUCAUAGUAAUAAGAUUUUGCAUCGUGAUAUGAAAGCUGCCAAUGUUUUAAUAACGCGCCAAGGAAUUUUGAAGUUGGCUGAUUUUGGUCUUGCACGAGCGUUCAGCCAAACAAAAAAUGGCCAAGUGAACAGGUAUACUAAUCGUGUUGUGACCUUAUGGUAUAGACCACCUGAGUUACUUUUAGGCGAUCGAAAUUAUGGACCACCAGUUGAUUUAUGGGGAGCUGGUUGCAUAAUGGCUGAAAUGUGGACGAGGAGCCCAAUUAUGCAAGGAAACACUGAACCGCAACAACUAUCCCUCAUCAGUCAGCUUUGUGGUUCGAUUACGCCUGAUGUCUGGCCUGGAGUCGAAUCAUUGGAAUUAUAUAAUAAAAUUGAACUUUCAAGAGGGCAAAAACGAAAAGUAAAAGAAAGGUUGAAGCCUUACGUCAAAGAUCCUUAUGCCUGUGAUCUUUUAGACAAGUUAUUGGUGUUGGAUCCUCAGAAGCGGUGCGAUGCUGAUUCAGCUCUUAACCAUGAUUUCUUCUGGACUGAGCCAAUGCCCUGUGACUUAUCCAAAAUGCUAGCUCAACAUGCUCAGAGUAUGUUUGAAUACCUAACGCCUCCGAGGAGAGCUGGUAACAUGCGACAUCACCAUCCAGGACCAGGUCCAGGUCCUAAACCUUCCACCAUUGUAGACACUGGUUAUCAGGAUAGGGUUUUCUGAGCCUAGCCAAAUUGGCGUCAAUUCCGCCAUUCACCAUUAUAAUCACAACUCUUCAUAUGAUUACUGAAGUCAAAAUUAAAAAAAAAAUGUGUUUUAUACAUCGUUAUGACUGACUGAGUAAUUUUGAGUUACUUAAAUGCAUAAGAAAUUUGGAAGUUUCCUGUUAAAAAAGAAGAAAUUUAUGACUGAUUUAUUAAUUAGUUAUGAGAUGUAAAAUAAUUAUUUAUAAAUAUCUUACAUUAUAGUUAUUUCAUUGUGUACAUUUGUAAAGACUUAAUCCUGUAAACUACUAUUGUUGAAAGUACAAGUAGGUGAUUAUUUAUUUACCAACUCUAUGUUGUGUGUCCUUAAUAGCUUUUAAGCUGAGGUUAAGUAUGAUGAAAUUAUAACCUAUGUAUUUUGAAGAUAUUUAUAUUAUCACAAAUUUUAUACUUGUUAAUUUUUAUUUUAUUAAUUUAUUGAGGAAUUACUGAAUUUCAGAAAACGGAAGUUCAUCAAUUUCAUAUAUUUGAAAUAUUGAGAACUGUGAACUAAGAAUUUUUAAUUUUGAUGAAUUAUUAGUUUCAUUUAACAGAUAGUUUACAUAUCUCACAAUAAUUUUGAGGCCACAUUUACUCUAUUUUUAUGUUGCAAAAAAUUUUAGAUUAUUCUUGUUUGUAAUAAUUCAUUUAUGAGUUUGAAUUAGCAACUAACCUAAGCACCUUAUUUAACUAUAUUAUUUGUACUAUUGAAAACAUGCUCAUAUAUACAUAUAUUAUUUGUAUAUACUGUAAAGCACAUUAUAUACUUCAAAAUAUUCAUUCACUGCUUGGGAAUAACACAAUACUUGAAAUGUGGAAAGAAUAUCUUAAUCUGUAUCUAGAAUAGAUACAGAAUGUAUUUAAGUUUUUUAAGAAUCUUGCAUUAUUACAAUAACAUUAAAAGCAAAAAAAAUUUCUCAUGCGCAAAAUCUGAUGUUUUUGUUCAUAUUGCUCUUUAAAAGGCUAUAACUUUUUUUGGAUUUGUUUCAUUACACAUCAUAUUGUUUUCUUCUGGAAAUUAAUUCUAUUUUCUAGAAAAAUAAUAUUGUGUCUAUGUUUCUCAUCACUGUUCGAACACACAUUCUUCAGAUUUUGAAGUGGUUCAUCUCAUUCUAGUACCUAAUAAAAUUUCUGUAGUUUUUACUCCACAUCAUAUAUCCUAUUUGAAUUAGAUUCUCUUCCCCUUUGAUUCUAGGAAAUUAGUUCUUGAAUUACUGUUUAGGAACAUUAAUUAGGAGACCAUCAUCGUAGAACAGUAUUAGUUAUUGAUUGCAAAAAAGUUGAGGUCUAUUAAGGAGCAAUAGUGAGGAAAAAAAAUCAGAUAUGGUAUGCAUUGAUAAUUGAAUAGCGUUUUCUUCUCCAUUUAUCUAUCUUUUUAAUUAAAUUGAAAGGGUAUAUAUUUUUAUAGAAGUUGUUUGUUGAAAGUUUAAUAUUCUGGUAGUGGUAUUUAUCGAAAAAUGCAAGGGUCUUCUUUUGUUUUCAUCGUAUAUAAAAAUAAAAUAUAUUUUCAAUUUGUCAGUAAUAUGUAUAUUUAAACUUACUAAAUCCAUUAAGUUUUAUCGUCAGUAUUUUGUGAC